UAUGUAGUCUAAUCAAACACCGAUUCCUGGUUCAGUAGAAAUCAUUAAAGGUAAUAGUUUCAAAUUAAUUCAAAAUUUUAGAUAAGCUGUAUUGGAUUUCAGAUAGAUAAGCUCCUCGUAACCAACCAAAUGCUUUUUAUUUUUGUAUUGAUUAGGUACACAGUAUAAUACUAAUAUCUUAAGGAUCUUGUAUAUGAACCUUUUUUUGCAGAUUUUGGUCCUCUUAAUUUGGGUCACACUUAUAGAUUUGUAACAGAAUUGGAAAAAUUGCUGAGUGAUAAAACAUAUCAACAAUAUGCUAUUUAUCAUUAUACAAGUUUGGAUAGUGCCAAAAGAGCAAAUGCUGCUUAUUUGAUGGGGGCAUUUCAAGUCAUAAUUCUUAAAUACAGUGCUGAUGAAGCAUGGAAACCAUUUUUAAAUGUUAAGCCUGCAUUCUAAGAUUUCAGAGAUGCCAGUUAUGGAUAAUGCACUUAUAAAUGCACUGUAGAUUUUCAUAUAUUAUUAAAGAUUCUUCAUUGUUUAAGAGGACUUGAAUAUGCUAUAAAAUUGAAAUGGUUUGAUGUUAGAAAGUUCAAUCUUAGAGAUUAUGAAUUUUAUGAAAGAGUAGAUAAUGGAGAUCUAAAUUGGAUUAUUCCAAAUAAAUUCAUUGCUUUUUCUGGGCCUUCUGCAACUUAAAAGGAUGCAGAUGGAGUAAAUUUUUUAUUAUUAAUUGAUUAGAAUCGUACAUUUACUCCUGAAGAGUAUGUUCCUAUAUUUAAACAAUUUGGAGUGACUUGUGUUGUAAGAUUAAACAAAAAAGCCUAUGAAGAAUAGAGAUUUAUUAAAAAUGGUAUAAAACAUGAAGAAAUUUAUUUUCUGGAUGGUUCUGUGCCAGGAGAUGAUAAAAUUUUGAGAUUUUUAGAAAUAGCUGAAAAAGAAAAUGCAGUAGCAGUUCAUUGCAAAGCAGGUUUAGGUCGUACAGGUACUUUAAUAGCUGCUUAUGCAAUCAAACAUUAUAGGUUAAUUAGUAUAUAAUAUCUAGAUUUCCAGCUCCAGAUUUCAUAGGAUGGAUUCGUAUAUGUAGACCAGGUAGUAUUUUAGGUCCAUAAUAGAUCUUUUUACUUGUAAGUUUAUUUUAUUGAUAAUUCAAUUUAGUAAAAACAAAAUUGGUUGAUAAGUUUAGGAAAAGAUUCUCAAAUUUGGAAUCAAGUUAAAUAAAUUGCUGCAGAAGUCAAUAUAGAAAAAAGAUUAAAAGAUUUAUAAUUAGGACCUAUGAGUGAAGGUAAUUGAUAUUUUAUAUAAUAUUUUAAAUAGCUGAUAAGAAUAAAGCAGAAAAGGGUGAUUAAGAUUAAGCAUAGACUUUAAACAAAGCUAAAUUGAUGAAGUAAUCAAAUAUCAUAUGUUUUAAGUUAAAAUUCCCCAGGGACCAAAAAAUGAA